UGAGGAGAGGAAGAAACUGGCAGUAAAGAAGUUUAAGUUUGAGCCUCUAUACUUGCCGAAGGUGUGUGCUGAAGAUGGAGACAGUAGUCCGGGUACCCAGGUACUGGUUAGUUUUGUUGUUUGUUUUAGUUAAAAAAAUAUAUUAUUUUGUUUUGAAAUUUAUAGGUUUCUUUUUAUGUUUUUUUUUUUUUUUUGCUGUUUUGUAAAGUAUUUUAUUUUGUUUUUUUUAGGUUGAUAGUGAAAAGUUGAGAUUGAUUUGUGAAUCAAUCUCAUCAAUAAAAGCAAGCCAAGAAACUAUUAUUAGUGACAUUGCAGUUAUGAGAUCUGAGUUCAUGGGGAAACUCAGUGAUUUGUCUGCAAUGAUUGCAAAAUUUGUUGCAAAAAAUUCUGAAAAAGUUGCAAAUACAAGUGAUGAAAGUGCUGGUUUUAAUGAAGGGGAAAAGCCAGCUGAUUUUGAUAAUGCUUCCAGUCCUAUUUCUGAUGAUUCUAAGGUAACUUGUUUGUUUUUAUGCUUUAUUGUUUUUUUUUAACCAUUUUUAGUUGUAACCAGAUUGUUUUUUUUUUUUUUUGGGCUAGGAUUGUGGAAUUGAUUCAGUUGAAGAGUCUGAUGGUAGUAAAGUAACUGGUUUAUGUUUCUUAAUAGUAUGUUGUGUUUUUGUAGUUGAUUAGUGUAACCAGUUACUGUUGUAACCAGUUUCAUUAUUUAUUUUAGGGUGUCAAGAAGAAUUUAAAUGAAAAUUUUGAUGCUGUUUAUUCUGGGUUGGAGUUGUCAAAUGUUGUGGGUGGAGAUAAGGUUUUGUAAUUUAUUUUUGUUUUUGUUUCUUGUAUUAUUUUAUUUAAAAUUGAAUUUGUUGUAAUUGAUUUUAUUUUUAUUCAUUAUAGGAUUUUUCAAAGAAGCCUGAGUUCAGUUCAGUUGGUUUAAGUUCUGAAGAAGUAUAUGUGGAUCCAGAGAUUUUGAAUGUUAUUGAUAAAACUGUUAAGUAUGCAGAAGGAGAAAAGAGAUUUAGUGGGAGUAAGGAUGAUUGGAAAGUUGUGAUGGUUGGUGAUGAUGAUGAAGUUCAUGUUGCUAUUGAAAAGAGGGAGCCUAAACCUAGUACUCAUGUCAAAUAUCCUUUUGUUACUGAGUUUGGUUCUUCUGAAGUAAAAGAAACUAUGAAGAGGAAGGGAGAGGAAGUGGUGAUUGUUAGAGGAUUGCUACCAUUUGAAGAUGAAAUUGGGCAGAAUGUUUCAAAGAAUGAAUGCCUGGAUUAUAUUUCUUGGAUUGAGGAUAAAAUGAAUUUUAAGAAUAAGAAGAAGAAAUUUUCUGAUGUCAAUAACAUUAUCAAUCCACCAAUGGAUUAUUCUUUUGUUAAAAUUUCUGAGAAGAUGUAGUUUUACAAGCUUCAAACUUGUGGGGAGGACCUUAUGGACACUAUAAGUAACCAGGUUCUUGGUAUAAUGUUUAUUAAUUAGUAUUUGUUUGUUUAGAUGUUUUUUUUUUUUGUUGAUCAUGUUUAAGACAAGUAACCAGGUUCCUUUUAGUACUGUGUGUAAAUUGUUUUUAUUAUUUAUGGGUAGUAACCAGGUUCUUGUAGCAUUGUGUGUAACUUGUUUUUUUUAUUAUAUAUUGGCUAGUAUCCAGGUUCUUGGUAUAAUGUUUAUUAAUUAGUAUUUGUUUGUUUAGAUGUUUUGUUUUUUUUUUUGUUGAUCAUGGUUAAGAGAAGUAACCAGAUUCCUUUUAGUACUGUGUGUAAAUUGUUUUUAUUAUUUAUGAGUAGUAACCAGGUUCUUGUAGCAUUGUGUGUAACUUGUUUUUUUUAUUAUAUAUUGGCUAGUAUCCAGGUUCCUAACUUUUGUAUGUUUAUUUAUUUUUUGUAGCAUAUCAAUGUAUGUUUUUAUUACUUGAGGAAGAAGAUUAAGUUGAUUGAUGGUUUGAACAAGAGGGUUACAACUACAGACUCUUGGUUUGAUGCAACUAUCAAGAAUUUGUAUGAUAACUUUGUGGCAGCCAAAUGUGAUUCAAGCAGCAUUCGUUUUGAUAACCUCAUUUUAGAUUACAUUAUUGGUGAAUAUUUGUUUUGUAACACUCCUUGGGUGGAUGUGGAUCAUGUUCUUUUUCCUGUGCAUGUGAAGGUUCAGUUGCAUUGGAUUUUUAUUCACUUUUCCAUUAAGAGUAGGAUGUUAACUGUAAUGCCCCAGAUUCCCUAUUAUGGUUAAUGGCUGGA